UCUCAGUCCUCGGUUUUCAGAAACACCCUCUCCCUGCCAUUUUUCAAAUAUUCUCUGAUUUUCUUUUUACAUUUCGGAAAAAAGAAGCUUUAAUAAUGGCUGGCUUCUCAGCAGAUUUGCAGAGCUUCAGAUCCUCAUCAUUUCCUUUUAUGGAAACUGAUAAUCCGAACGUGGAGUCAGUCAACCAAUUUGCGGGGCUAAAUCCCAGCAGUACAGCCAUUGCAGAUGCCUCAAACUUGGUCAAUUUCCAAAGCUUCUUACCUUUCUCUGCCGAAGCCUUGUUUGGCAACCAAGCUCCUGAUUUCCCUCCAACUUUCCCAGAAAAUUUUCUGGGUAUUUUCCAGGAUUCCAAUCAGAAUGCAGUCAUGCCUAUAGUUUCUCAGCCCUGUGUCGCACCAAGAAUUACUUUUAAUAAUCAUGAAACCAAGAAAAGAAAAUCAAUGGAGGUUGUUUCAGAAAGCAGCUCCGGAAUCUCAGCUCCUUCACCUCCAGUGUCUGAUAGCGGGAGCAAGAGAAAACAAAGUUCAGGAAGAGGAAAAAGAGUGAAGAGUAAUGAAGAUGAGAAAUCAAAAGAAGUGGUUCAUGUUAGAGCUAGAAGAGGCCAAGCUACUGACAGCCACAGUUUAGCCGAAAGGGUUAGAAGAGGGAAAAUCAAUGAGAGAUUAAGAUGCUUGCAAGAUAUUGUCCCAGGCUGCUACAAGACAAUGGGUAUGGCGAUGAUGUUGGAUGAAAUAAUCAAUUAUGUUCAGUCGUUGCAAAAUCAAGUUGAGUUUCUAUCCAUGAAGCUUACAGCAGCAAGCACAUUCUACGACUUCAAUUCAGAAUCAGAUGCCAUCGAAACAAUGCAGAGGGCAAAGGCAGAAGAGUCUAGAGAAAUAGUGAGAUUAAUGAAAGAAGGUGGAUUUAAUGGAGUUGGAAAUCUCUCUUCAUCGUGGCCUCUCUGACUCUACUUUUGGAUUUGACUCCUAAUUUGGAAAAUAUACAAGUCUGUGAACAUUGACGGUGGCUCCUCAAUUUCCCCAUUAUAGAUCAAUUAAGCAUAUACCAAAAACUUGUAACAAGUGGAAAAAAAAAAUAAAUAAAAAUUUAGAGAUCAUGUAUACUUGUUAAUUGCCAAUCUUUACACAAAAUCAUCAAUAUAUUUGUAAAUCAUAAAAAAUUGUAGUAA